CCAAAUUGGCAUAACAAUCAAACGUUCUAUCCUCGCAUUGCUGCACAACGUAGUCCUGGAACACAGUGGUGGUUUCGGGGUUGUAUCGAUCCAGACCGUUGAGGAUGGCGUCGAUGUGCGCUGGUCGCGUAUCGCAUUUAUCGAAUGCGGUGACCAUUUUGUCCUUUCUCGGAAAUCGCAAAAGGAUUGGAAAAGGGUGAGAGGUGAGGUUGGUGGUCUGAAGAUGGUCAAUCACGAAAAAUGAGGUUGAUAUUCGAUUCGAUCAGGUAAUUUUGGUGUGUGCUCGGAUUCAUGGUGGGGCUGAUGCUGUCGGAUUAAUUUGAUAUAUCGAGUAUAUUUCUCCGGUAUACAUCUUCUCUUUUACAGGCAUAGACGUCAGCAUAUCAAACAACCAACUAACGCAGCCUACAAUUGACUUCACACGUCAGAUAUAUCCUGUAUAUAUCCAGUCGAUAACCUUCUCUUAUGAUAUAAGCCUACAAUAAUAUAAGCCGGUCCCGGCCAUACGCCCCGGAACCGGAAACCCUUCUAUCACAUUACAAAAGCAGGAUAUAUACAAAGUAUUAAACAUAUCUUCUCAUCAAUAACUACAAUCCAAGACAGAGAAGAGAAAAUGCCAGACAUAUCAACCCACGAGUCCAACCUCCAAGCCCUCAAAGACGGCACAUAUCCCACCGUCGGCGUGAGCCUCGGAUCACAACACAAAUCCAUAAAUCCAGGGGAUCACAUUCCCAAGGCUGACACCAAACCCACACCAACCAUCAGCCUACCCUCAGCCCUCCCCCCAGCAAACGACGAAACAUAUACAGUAAUAGCAAUCGACCUCGACGCCCCAUUCAUAACCUUCAAUUUCCUAAGUCCAAUCGCGCACUGGAUCCAGACAGACCUUAGGUCGACAAAUGGCGCAGAACUAAAAUCCGAAGCGCAACCAAUCGCUCCCUGGGCAGCUGCGAAUCCGCCUCCGGGUGCGGCGGCGCAUCGAUAUGUUUUCUACUUGUAUAAACAAACCAAAGAACUCAAGGAUAGGAAACAGAUGGGGAUGAGGCAGAGGGUAAGAUUCGAUGUUGGUGCGGUGGUGAAGGAGUUGGAGUUGGGGGAUGUUGUGGGUGUUAAUUAUUUUGUUUCUAAUUAAUUCUCUCUUGGGGUUUUGACUCACUACAUGUAUUUGAUGGAAGAAGGAAGGAAGGAUAUUCAAUAACGUCUUAUUACCAAUACCUAAUCGAAUGAAAUAAUCAAACAAACGCCAGAAAUGACGCGCUAGAAACAACAUAGAUAAUCGUACACAACUCCGGAAUAUGCUUCCAUCAACAUAAAUGGUCAAAAUCAACGAACAAAAUACCGCCCGGUCUAUAGGUAUCAACUCCGGUCCAUGGAUGUAUGUACAAACGGGAGGGAAAAGAAAAAAAAGGACUCAUUAGAUCUGUAA